CUUCCUCUCAGGCAGGGACGGGACUCUCACUCCUGCUCCGGUCAGCGCGAGACACGCGACGGUACGCACGCGGCGACAGGUAACAGGUGACGUCAUCCAGUGCGUCCUGUGCUCGUGGACGUGUGGCGGCAGAACAGCAACAAGAACAUGGAGGCCCCGCUCGCUGCCCGCUCCGGGUUCCCGUGGCUGGUGGGCGCGUCGCAGCUGGUGGGUCUGACGGCGGUGGUGCUCACCGGCGUGUGGAUGGGCAUCUACCGCGGCGGCUUCGCCUGGGACGGCUCGGCCCGGGAGUUCAACGUGCACCCGCUCUGCAUGGUGCUGGGCCUGGUGUUCCUGCAGGGCGACGCCAUCCUGGUCUACAGAGUCUUCAGGAACGAAGCCAAGAGGAACGUGAAGAUGCUGCACGGCGUCAUCCACCUCAUGGCCCUCGUCAUCAGCAUCAUCGGGAUUGUAGCGGUGUUUGACAACCACAGACAAGCAAAGUACCCACACAUGUACACUCUACACAGCUGGUGCGGCAUGGCGACCAUGGUCUUCUUCUGCAUACAGUGGGUGCUGGGUUUGAUGUUCUUCGUGUUUCCCGUCGCGUCGUCAUGGUUACGAGCGUCGUACCUGCCCAUCCACGGGUUCUGCGGCACGAUGAUGCUGGUGACGGCCAUCGGGACCAGCCUGCUCGGCAUCACGGAGAACCUCCUCUUCAACAUCAUGCCCACCUACUCCCAGUUGCCCCCAGAGGGGGUGCUGGCCAACGUGUUGGGGAUCCUGCUGGUGCUCUUUGGGGUGCUGCUGUGCUACCUGAUCACCAGGGACGAGUACCGGCGCCCGCCCAACCCCGAGGAGGAGGCGCUGUCCGUCCACUUCAAGACCCUGACCGAGGAGGGGUCGCCCACCACACCGUGACCCCCCCCCCCCCAUCUUAAUGCCGUGUGCUGCCAAGAAACUCGCUCGUGUUACAAGUGUCUGUUAUCAGCUGGUGACGGAAUGUUUUCAGUCUCCACAAAAUCAACAGAGUGAGACCUCUUCUCCCGGGAAAACGAUUCAACUCAGUUUAUUUUGUAGAGCCUAAAAUCACAAAUGAUCCUCAGAGGCCUUUAGAAUCGUUACUCCUACCACAUCCCUGACCUUUGACCUCACAUCGGAUCAGGAGGAACCCUUUAACACGGAUACAAAGGGGAGAAACCUUCGGUGUUAAGAUGUUUAACAAUCAUUUAUAUUCAGAAUUUAAGCUUUUCAAUGCAUUACUUUCAAUCUAGUAAACCCUGCGUGGUGCAUGUCAGCCUCUUGUGGCCAAAACAAGUAUUACAACAACAACCACUCGCUCAUCUAGACCAAAAACACUCAACUGUUCACAAACCAAAGCUUCUAUUCAUUGCCAGUUUCACGACAAGUUUGACGACUUGAUGCAUUUUGACCAAAAGACGUGACAUUCCUAUAUUUCCACGUGUUUAUCCCAAACUAAAUAUCUGAUGUUCGAUGUUUCCUGAGUUCAGGCUCCGCCCCCGCGCCUAACAGAGUGAACCCUGCUGAAUGUUGUUGAAUGUUCUGUUAGUGGGAGGUUUUAAUGUCAAUGUGAACACCUGAUGGAAAUAAAUAUGUGUAGCGGC